UGAUUGGACACGGAAAGAGAAAAAAUAUAGAAAGAGCAACGGUGUGGGAGGGGGAGGGAACGGAGAAUAGUGGCAGAACACCGUCAAAACUUGUUUCCUGUGUCUCACAAUACUUACAGCCAAGUUGUCAAUAGCAGCGUUUCUCGAAGUUUUCCUGAAACAUGCAAGCUAUAAAAUGUGUGGUGGUCGGAGACGGUGCUGUGGGGAAAACCUGCCUGCUCAUCAGCUACACCACCAAUGCCUUCCCAGGAGAGUACAUCCCCACCGUGUUUGACAACUACUCUGCAAAUGUGAUGGUGGACAGCAAACCAGUGAACCUGGGACUGUGGGAUACAGCAGGGCAGGAAGACUACGACAGGCUGAGGCCCCUCUCCUACCCACAGACAGACGUGUUUCUUAUCUGCUUCUCCCUUGUCAGCCCAGCCUCUUUUGAGAACGUCAGAGCCAAGUGGUACCCUGAGGUGCGGCACCACUGCCCUUCCACACCCAUCAUCUUGGUCGGCACCAAGCUGGAUCUGAGAGACGAGAAGGACACCAUUGAAAAACUCAAGGAGAAGAAGCUUGCACCCAUUACUUACCCACAAGGCCUUGCACUGGCCAAAGAGAUUGAUUCGGUGAAGUACCUGGAGUGCUCUGCGCUCACCCAGCGCGGGCUAAAGACAGUCUUUGACGAGGCCAUCCGCGCGGUGCUGUGCCCCCAGCCCACCAAGAUCAAGAAGAAAGGCUGCCUGCUGCUCUGAGAAAGGAGUGCGUUGAGCGGGACAAAAGACAGAUGCAGAGAAAGAUGGAGGAGGGAGGGAGGGAGGGAGGGAGGGAGGGAGGAAUAGAGAGAAAUAAGAGAAAUCUGGAACAGGAACGACAGGAAAUGUAAAGGGAGUCAGUGGGAUGGGUAGGGGAAGGAGAUGAGAGACCAUGAAAGCCAAAGGUACUUUUUUUGUUCAGUAAAUUUAUAGCUUUAAAAUGUUUUUUUUUUUUCAAUGAAUUUUUUUUUUAUUCUUAGAUUUUCUUUUUUUUUCUGUGGAGGAGAACCUGUUCUGUGUUCAUAUUAGCCAUUACCUGCAUUGAGUUAAAUAUGACCUCCUCACACGUUACUGUCCCAUUGUGUAAUUCUGUACUGUCCAAGAUGUCACAUCGCGAUGAAGAGCCCAGGGUCUAACUGGCAUGACUGAUGUUUGUGUGGAAUCUUCUAGAUAAAGAUGAUGCUAACUCAGCAGAAUUAUUUCCCUCUCUCCAUGCCGGGAAAUAUUUUAAAAGUGUUUUGCUAAUGUAUGGCUUUUUCUGGCACAGCAUAAUGUUUAUCUAUAUUUUUCUAUUCAACUUCUAAUAUGAUAUACAUAGAUAUACAAUGUGAGUGAAUCAAUGAACUGCUGCAAAUAAAUCAGACGAGACCCUCAA